AGAGCUUUUAUGAGUUUUAUCGUUUUAAAACUUUGAUGGAUAAAAAUUGAGUUUGAGAAUAAUUUAGUCAACAAGUUGUAGAUUGUGUUGAUUUUAUUUUGGUGUACAUAUUCUAACAAGAUUUUCCCGGAUCGAUCACAGUUCGCAAAUCCGCUGAAAGAGCAACAUGGAGGACGUCAGCGAAGUGGAUCUGUUCAUGUUGGAACAUGCAGACGAUCACGAGCGCCCCGCCAAACGAGCCCGCACUCAGGAUGUCUUGCAGCUGCAGCGCGCCUUCCUUUCUGACGACUUCUUCACCAUGACCGCCGGGGCGCCCCUGACAACCAGCGUCCCCACCCCAAAGAAUCAGGGGCCACCGAAGCAACAGGUGGCGCGGUUGUUCGGAUUGGACGACGACGCUGCAUCGUUGUCACCGUCGAAACAACCGUCGAUGGAGAUGCAGGACACCUUACGAUACCACCCGGCCCCUACCAAUGGGGUUCAUGCCAGUAGGACGCGAGGGGCGCCGCGGGACUUAAUGCACGAGGAUCGCAACGGGGUUUCGCGGUCUGGAAAAUUCUCUGCUGAAGCUGCCUGGUUGGACGAUUUGGGCGGAAACGAGAACCGUCCGGACACCGAACCCCCGCCCCACCCGUCAUCCGGGGCGGGGCCUCCCCUCCCUCACGUGCGCCGCCUCUUCUCCCCGGAACCCCCCCUCCCCUGCGCCCAUCCCCGACGCCAUCCCGACCAAACCCCCUAAACCCUCAUCUGCUACCCCCUCCGCGCCCCACGGCCCGGUCCGCGUCUUCCGCCGCCCACCGCAGCACGCCCGCAGCCUCCCGGUCACCAGCGCCGGACGUGCCCUGUAUUUAUCCUUCAAACCAUCGCAGUGGAAGGCCCGGCUGCACACCGACCUGGCCGCCGCGACAAGCGCCGUCUUCACUUCCGCCCCGGGGUACCGGCGCUUCCGCACCCUCUUGGAGACGGUGCGCACGGAGAUGGAGGCCGCCGCCCCGGCGCGGACCCUCCCGGAGGUGGUCCUGCCGCCGCUGCCGGUGGAGGGGGCGCGGCGGAUGUGGGUGGAGCAGUUCCGGGCCAGUCGCUAUCUGGAUCUGUUGAGCGAUGAGACCGUCAACCGGGCGCUGCUGCAGUGGUUGAAGCUGUGGGAUGGGUGUGUCUUCCACCGGGAACCGAAGCUGCACACGCAUUUAGGUUUCGGCAAGCGCAAAGCGGCGAAUAAUCCCAAGACCUUCGUCCCGCGGGCCUUCGGCGGGGUGCCGGACUACUGCUUCACCCUGGACGCCGACCGGCGGCCGCGUUUCAAGACGGCGCUGCUGUGCGGCCCCCCGGGCCUGGGGAAGACCACCCUGGCGCACGUGAUCGCCCGGCACGCCGGCUACGACACCCUGGAGAUUAACGCCAGCGACGACCGCGCCCUGGACGUCUUCCGCAACCGCGUGGAGUCCUCGCUGAUGCACGGCAACAUCGCCGCGCUCAUGCAGGACGGCGUGGCGGUGGACCGGCCCAAGUGCCUGAUUAUCGACGAGGUGGACGGGGCGCCGGCCGCCACCGUGGACUAUCUCGUCCAUUUACUGAAAGGGGAGGCCAAGAGCGCCAGCGGGAAGAAGAAAGCGCAGCGGAAGUUGGCCCUAUGGCGGCCCAUCAUCUGCAUCUGCAACGACCAGUACGUGCCGGCACUGAAACCCCUCCGCCAGGUCAGCGUCGUGGUGCAGUUCCCGCCCAUCCACCGCGAACGCCUGGCGCAGCGCAUGCUGGACAUCUGCCGCUCCCUGCCCAUCCAGGCGGACUCCUCCGUGAUUCACGUGCUGUGCGAGAAGUCGGAGGACGACAUCCGCACCUGCCUGAACACCAUCCAGUUCGCCUCGGUCCAGGGCAACCGGCUGGCCGUCGCCGACAUCAGCCAGACGACCAUCGGACGGAAGGACAGCCGCAAACAGCUGUUCGGCAUCUGGGACACUGUCUUCCGCGCACCCGGCGCCGGCCGGCAGAACGAGAUCAGUGAGGGCGCGUCGGAAAAAGAUUCCACCCGCAGCGUCCUCCGCACCGUGCAACAGGAGGAUUUAGAGAAAAUCCUCUCGGGAUUAUACGAGAAUUAUCUGCGCGUCAAGCACAAGGAAUCGCGGUUAAUCUCCGCGGCGCAGUGCGCCAACUGGUUCUGCUUCGCGGACAUCCUGGAGCGCGGCGUGAUGGAGGAGCAGAGCUGGUUCCUGCGGGGAUACGCCUCGUUUUCCCCGGUCGCACUGCACGUCUUACUCAGCGGCAACGCGGUGCCCAAACUGAAUUUCCCGCAGCAACAGGUGGAGUUUCGCAGCCGGUGCGGUCGGAAUAAGGAAAUCAUGGACGCCUUCGUUAAGGAUCUGCCGGCGGGAUUAUACCGGGUGGUGAAGAGCGGCGCGCUGUCCAGUGAAUUUGUUCCGUAUUUGGUUAACAUCCUGCAACCGAUUCUCAAGGGUCACAACAUCCAACUCCUCAACCCGAGCGAGCGCGUCUUGGUCCGCGACGUCGUGGCGCAGAUGGUGGCGUACGGCGUGUCCUACCGUGAGGAAUCCUCCCCCUCCGGCACCGUCGACCUCCUCCUGGAUCCGCACCUGGAGGCGGUGGCCCACUUCCCGGGGACCUCCCCAACCAGCGCCGCCGGGACCCUGACCCUGGCCGCCAAAGAGAUGAUCGCCGCCCAGGUGCGGUUGCGGCUGGUGGAGGUGGAGGCCAGCCACGCCGCCCCACCGGAAACACCGACCCCGGGGGUCAUGGAGACCCCGGAGGUCCUUCUGGGUCUCGGAUCGGUUCCGGAGAAGGAAGCUGGCCACCGGGGGGUCAGUUCGCGGAAGCUGCGGGUGUGGUCGGUGCAGGAGUAUCUCCGGCAGCAGGUGCCGAUGGAUCCCGACGCCCCGGUGGUGGUCGCGGGCGGAACUAAGCGGCGGGUGUGGUAUAAGUACAAGGAGGGGUGUACUAACGCGGUGUGCCGCGAUGUGCAGGUGCAGCGGUUCCUCUGAGUGGUCCUGGUUUAUUGUACAUGUCGGAAAACAUGGGUUGAUGAUUUUUGGAUGCGGAGGAGAUUUUUCUGCUGUUUUUUAUAUUACUUUUUCUAUGGUUUAGAGCUCUAGUGAUAACCGUGAAGUUGCGCCGGUUGGCGUGAUGGGCCGGAUUUUGUCGGCAUUUGCUCAGAAUUCAAGAAGGUUUCUUCGUGUCUGCAGUAUCGUGUGUGUGUGGUGUACCCAGUGUUUCCUUCCAGCCGCCUAUACAUUUUAAAACACAACGACUUUUCUAAUUCAUCGAUUUGAUUUUCUUAUUAUUUUUUUAAUUCCCCAGUUUCUACUACAGCUGUCACGUAGUGUUUUUUUAAUU